GAUCUUUUCGGUCAUCAUACGUGAGGCUCAAAAAGAGCUCCUCAUUCUCGAAAAAAAGCACAACCGUAUCAACAAUGCGUGCUAUGCAGAUUAUCCGUCGCGUUGCGGCCGCUCGUGCGCUGCCGUCUGCCGCUCGCCUUGCCCCGCGUACCGCUGCUCCCUUCCUGUCCAACUCGCUGGUGGCCACUCGUCAGCCGCUGCGCACGUUCGCCACGGACGGCGAUGAUUUCUUCUUCGAGGACGACGAGGAGGAUUCGUUCGUGCAGUAUCCGCCCGUUGCCGCGCGUGUGCAGCACCAGGCGCCGCAAUUCACGGCCCAGGCUGUGGUGAACGGCGACAUCACGGACGUGUCGCUGGAUACGUACCGUGGCCAGUACGUGGUGCUGUUCUUCUACCCGAAGGACUUCACGUACGUGUGCCCCACCGAGAUCAUCGCGUUCAACGACCGCGCCGAGGAGUUCAAGGCGCUCAACACGCAGCUGAUCGCCGUGUCCUGUGACUCGCCUGAGAGCCACUUGGCCUGGACGCGUCUGCCGCGCAACAAGGGCGGUCUGGGCAAGAUGGACAUCCCCAUCGUCUCGGACAUCACCAAGGUCAUCUCGGCUAAGUACGGCGUGCUCGUGGAACAGGCCGGCGUGGCUCUGCGUGGUCUGUUCAUCAUGGACAAGGAGGGCGUUCUCCAGCAGAUCACUAUCAACAACAUGCCCAUUGGCCGCAGUGUCGACGAGACGCUGCGUCUUAUCAAGGCUCUGCAGUUCGUGGAGGAGCAUGGCGAGGUGUGUCCGGCCAACUGGCAGCCUGGUGACAAGACCAUCAAGGCCACGCCUACGGACAGCUACGAGUACUUUUCCACGGUCAAGGACGAGGCCGGGGACGACGAUGCUGCCGUGUUGACGGUCGUGAAGACCAAGGCCCAGUUCGACGCUCUGAUCAAGAGCGGCAAGCCCGUCGUGGCGGACUUUAUGGCCCCGUGGUGCGGCAAGUGUGCUCAGAUUGCUCCGUUCUUCGCAGACCUGGCUGAAGCCCACCCGGAGGUGACGUUCGCGAAGCUGGACGUGUCCAUUCCGGAGGUGGAGAAGCUCAAGGACGACCUGGAUGUCGGUGCGUACCCGGAGUUCCGCUUCUUCAAGGACGGCAAGGAGGUUCAUGAGAAGAUCUCCGGUUACAAGAAGUCGCUGCUCAAGAACGCCGUGCAGAAGCUGCUCUAAGUUACUGAUCUCAGCUAUGCGCAGCAUGGGUAACUUCAUUUUCAGCAAACAUUUUCAAUAAGAAAACGCAAAAGUGGUAACUUUUACAAAAGAUUUCGAGAAAAUUGACCUAGGCA